GGUGGUGUCGCUGGUUUCCGGCGGGCUCUUUGUGGCGACGAACCUCCCGGGCCGCGCAGCAUGAGAGGCCCGGAGCCGGAGCCGGGUCCCGAGGCGGAGGCGGGCAUGGAGGGGGACGUGCUGGACACGCUGGAGGCCCUGGGGUACAAGGGACCGCUGCUGGAAGAACAAGCCCUCCGCCAGGCAGCCGAGGGGGGCCUGUCCUCCCCUGAGUUCUCAGAGCUCUGUGUGUGGCUAGGCUCUCAGAUCAAAUCCUUGUGCAACUUGGAAGAAAGCAUCACAUCCGCUGGGAGAGAUGACCCCGAGAGCUUCCAGCUUGAGAUAAGUGGUUUCUUAAAAGAAAUGGCCUGUCCGUAUUCCGUGCUUGUAUCUGGAGACAUUAAAGACCGCUUAAAGAAGAAGGAUGACUGUUUGAAACUUCUGUUAUUUUUGAGUACAGAGCUUCAGGCUUUACAGAUCCUGCAGAACAAGAAAGCCAAGGCCUCCCAGCCGGAUGGGAGUAGUGCGGUUUACCAGGAGGUUGAGGCCCUGUGCGGCGCCCUGGGCAUGCCCUCGUCCAGCCCCGACCUUCCCCAUCUGCUGAGCCAGGUGGAGUCAAAGGUGAAGGAUGUUCUUUCUAAAGUGCAGAAAAAUCACGUGGGGAAACCUCUUCUGAAAAUGGACUUAAGUCCAGAACAAGCGGAAAAGCUGGAGAGAAUUAACCAGGCCCUUUCCUGUGAGUACGAAUGCCGUCGGCGGAUGCUGGUGAAGCGACUGGAUGUGACGGUGCAGUCCUUCGGGUGGUCAGAGCGCGCCAAGGUAAAGACAGAUAGCAUAGCGAGAAUUUACCAGCCUAAGCGGUAUGCCUUGUCACCCAAGACAAGCGUGACGGUGGCGCAUCUGCUCGCGGCGCGCGAGGAUCUGUCCAAGAUCAUCCGGACCAGCAGCGGCCGCAGCCGGGAGAAGACGGCCUGCGCCAUCAACAAGGUGCUGAUGGGGAGGGUGCCUGACCGGGGCGGACGACCCAACGAGAUCGAGCCACCGCCCCCUGAGAUGCCCCCUUGGCAAAAGAGACAAGAAGGCGGCGGCGGCGGCGGCCGGGGGGGCUGGGGAGGGGGUGGGGGUGGGAGAGGGGGCUGGGGAGGGGGCGGGGGAGGAGGGCGGGGUGGGGGAGGGGGCUGGGGAGGGGGCGGCGGGGGGAGAGGAGGCUUCCAGGGCAGGGGAGAGUAUGGAGGAAGAGGGGGCUACGGGGGAAGAGGCUACGGGGACCCCUACGGGGGUGGCGGGUAUCGGAGGUACUGAGAGUC